AUGUUUUUCAGUUUUCAACCAACUUUUGAUGAAGCUAAUUACAAAACUAUUGAUGAUCAAGGUCAAUUUUUUGUAAUGUCUCUAUCACACAAUUCAGAAAAUUUGGAUGGUGAACAAAUUGAUUGUAUGACUGCUGAUUUUCAUGGACGUCCAAGUUCAACUAGUCGAUUUAUGGGAAGUAAAGGAAUUACAAAGGAUGGGUUUACCGAUGAAUUAUGUCUUGGUAUGAUGCACGAAACAACUGUUGAUGUUAAAGCAAGAUAUAAAAUGUUACCUAAUAAAGAGGAAGGGACAGCUUGUGCUGAUUUAGAAGAUGAUAACGCAGACACAGAAUGGGAUUGUCAUUUACGUUGUCGUCUUGAAUUUAUUCGUAAUUUGUGCCAAUGUACAGCUCCAACUCUAAGUUACUUAAUUGGACCGGAUAAGGAAGAAAAAGAAUUAAAAGAAUGGCCAAUAUGUGAUUAUGAGAAAUGUAAAGUGGAUGUACAAGGACGUAACUAUAGCGAUGAGGACUGUACAAAAAAGUGUUUUAGAAGUUGUGACCAAAUUCGUUACAAUAUUGAUCAUGAAAGGAAAGGGAAGAGUAUGAGACCUGAUUUAACAACUGUAGUAUUAAAAUGGGAUUCUUUUGAAUAUUUAACAAUGGAACAAGAUUGGGUAUGGUCUGUUACUACUUUUAUUGCAGCGCUAGGUGGAAGUAUUGGAAUGUGGUUGGGAUUGUCUAUUUUGAGUUUAAUACAAGGAAGUACCUAUUUACUUACUUAUAUUGAACAACGUGUUGCUAAAAGAAAAAUAAAUAAAAUGGAAGAAAAUGAACAAGAAACACCCCCAUCAAAACAACCAAAAAAUCAACUAGAGGAUAACAACAAUAAAAGAAAAUAUUCAAAAACUUCAACAACUACAAGCUUGGAAGAAAAUAAAUUGGCAGCAAAUCCGUUUGCUAGUCCCUUUAAUAAAAAGGUUAGUAAAAAAUAA